ACUGUCCAAAGAUGCACAAAACGCCGAUGACUGCUGUAUCCGAGCCUCAGAAGCGGAUUCGCAGAAGCGGUUCACUGACCUUACUCACUUCCAGUCUCUGCCUCCACCACUCCUCCGUCAGCCGGCUCGAGAAUCACUUGCUCUUCAUCUCCUCCCGCAGUACCUCUUCUCACAACCCCUUACCAUCUCAUCUAAGCGUUCUGCACGCUCGCGACAGGCCAAACCAUCAUUUUCAACAGCGAAAGAGCGUUCAUCAGCCCUCCAAAGAUACGAGAUACGCGCUGCUGCUGCCGCUCGAUCCGCACAGCAUGUCGGGCCUCGGCAUCUCUUUUGAUGCACCUGUGAUGGCACAGAGGUCGCACCAACAGCAUCACCGUGCCCCGACGCGACCUCAAUCUUCGUACGCUUCUCUCUCAUCGGCAGCAAGCAGCAGCGGCAGCGAUGCGGGCAUACCUCGUCGUCCGGCCAGCAGCGUGGAUCGUCGCGUACGCAUCGCCAGUGGUCUUCCCAACAUCAUGGGUGCUACCCCACAAUCCAGCCAGGCAAGUCCAGACUCUGCUCUCGACUCCGCAAGCUCAAUCUCGGUAUCCAGCACUCGCAGCAGCGGCUAUGGCUCCGCUCGUGGUGGUGGGCGCACCGAGAGGCUGAGUGCCGCCGUCGCGAAGCUUAAUGCAGAGCAGGAUCAAGAUGACGAUAUCUUGACACCAGCAUCCUCAUACACCUCUUCGGCACAAGGCGGUGCAAGCGAGGCAAGCUCAGCCAGAUGUAGCGCCGCUAGUCGAGCCCAAACCAUCCGCAAGCAAGCCAGUCAACCAAUACUCAGUCGCAGCAGCACCAUACGCUUUCCGCAAACGAUGCAGCUGAACGCUCAAACUCAAGCGAUGGGUCGCAGUCGCUCGCAGAUAUCUUUGAACUCAGCGUACUCUGGCGGAGCUGCACAGCUGGGACGCACCACGGAGAUCGGUCGUGGCAGCCAACGCGGACCACGAGUGCGUGCUCGAACUUUAGACUCGGCCAAGGGCGCAAAGGAACCGCGCAUGGUCCCUGACGGCUUUGGUGGAUGGGCGCCAGCCGAUCAGGCCGGCGAUCAAAUGAACAAAGCGAGCGCUGAAAGACCAGAGGCGAACGAGGUCCCCGCUUUUGACGGCCCAGCUCUACGCGCUGAUACGGCCCCGCAGCAGCCCGCAUUGAUGAUAUCGGACAACCUUGGCACCCAGAAUGUGCCGGGUGCUUUGCCGCGCGGGCCUCCGCAGCGUCCUGAGGGUCAUCAGAGACGACCCGCGACUGCUCAGGCCAGAUUUCGUGUCGGAAGCUUCUACGGCGUGAAUGGCGAGGUGACCGCUUCGCUUGACUCUGAAGGCAGGCUUGCUCGGCCAAGCCCACCAGCAUCGGAGACUCAACAAAGCUCGAUACACAGCCACAGACGUAGUCAGAGCAGCGGUCCUCGUGCCCAACACAUGUUCUCGCCGCCUGGCUCCACGUCGAAAGAAGCCAGCAACCUUCAUGGAGCUGAGAACGUUGUGCGCAUGCGAAGCCUGCGUGGCUUCAACGGUCUUGAGGGUGCGGAGCGAGGUCAGUCCAUGGUCAGUUUGGAUUCACUUCAUUCCAGCUAUCAAAUGGGCGAGCACAUCGUUCCCGGUCGGGUGAAGAGCUCCGAUCAAGAGAGUAUACUUAGCUCCGCUAGACCGUCUGAGAGCGAUGAAUUCUCCGGCUGCGCUUCGGGCACAGAAGUCGGUCCUGGUGACAGCAUCAGCAACGUCGGCGGAAAGUCUGUCGCUGGCGGGACACCGCAGGGUUCCCGUGCCGCCCAACAACGCAAAAGAGUCGCGACUGCUAGCGCUGCAUCGUCGCGUCCUCGAAGCCAAAGCAUGUCGGCAGCUGCUAGCAAUGUCUCUGGGCUGGAGCGACAUCCCACACUGCUGAGCCAGGCAGGCAACACGGCCCGACGCUCGCGGGACUUGAGCCGCCUUCUGGACCCGGCCGCCACCAAAGCUGGCAAGCCUGUACCUACCUCAGCCAUUUCGCUGGGCUCUUCGGUUGGAAGCGCUGCGGCCUCUUCUGAGGUAUCCAGCAACCCCUCUGAUCGACUCAGCGAUGUGCAAGCCGCUGCGCUAGCACCUGCAGUCCUCGAGCAGGGUCGCUCUGGAAAAGCUCGCGUGGAUGUGGACGUCGUGCUCGAGAGCGACUUGAUCGUCGAGGGUGGUAUGCUGCGCGGAAGACUAGAAAUCAAGCUGCGCAAACCGACAGACAAGAAGGCAGCAGCGCUAAUGCUUGCGCAGCCGAAAAUCCGCAUCGUUGGCUUUGAAGAGCUGCUCAAUGACGAUACCCGCCACAUCUUCUACCAUCACGCCACCGCCAUCGACGGUGAUCGAUCUGACGGCGGUCCUUCGGAGCCGUACGUGCUGCACGGCAGCCCCGACCUGUGCUCUCCACAAGCUGAAGGCAGAGCUGCGCUCCCAUGUUUCGCAUCUGCACCUGACUCAGAAGGCUACUAUAUCGGUGCAGAAGGCAACCACUCCAUUCCGUUCACGCUCGAGAUGCCAGUCGGAAAGGGCGCAAAAGGUGCUUUCCGUGGCAAGCACGCCGUUGUUCGCUACAUCGUAAUUGGCUCCGUCAAACUCAAGGAUGCUGAUGGUUCCAACAGGUCCAUUGCUCACUUCUACCGCCACGUCGAGUUGUUCCCCUACUUGAACCCUGCCGUGGUGCUCUCGUCUGCGUCCAAGCCAGUGCAGGCGCAUGCCAGCAAGAGUCUCUUCCUAGGCGGCUCUGGAAAGGUACACCUCACUGCUAGCUUGCACCGCUCCACCUGGGUAGCUGGUCAACGUGUCUACGUCAACAUCAAUAUCAACAACGACACGAGCAAGAGACUUAAGAGCAUCACGCUAGCUUUGGUCCGCACCGUCGUGCUGUUCCGCCCACGACCUGAGCUCAACCUGGGCAAAUCGGCACCGGAUGACCCACACGAAGCCUACGUCGAUCCGGAUGCUUGCAACACGUCCACCAGCAGAAAGAAGAUUAGCGAAGAAACGCUCGAGAUGGGUCAGAAGGGCACAAAGGGUUCCUUCACCGCAAAAGGCUGGUGGACCGGCGUCGAGGCCCACAAAGCUUUGGAAUUCUCCCACUACAUGCGAGUGCCUUCGGAUGCGCUCAGCAUUUCGCGAGGACGCCAUGUCGAGGUGACCUAUUCGGUCAAGGUUUCCGUCAGCAGCUCCUUGUCCGCUGAUGUUUCUGUGGAGCUUCCUUUGCGGGUUAUCAACUUCGUCUCUCUCGAUCCUCCUCCACUCAAAGCGCCGAAGUGGAAGAACGGGGCGAACUGCAACCUCGCUCGAUCGUGGAACUCUAGCGUCGGUCCGACCUCUCGAUCAUCGCCAGCUGCAGAUGGGCCGUUGAUCGAGCGGGUGCGCUCAGCCGAGGCGUUGCGAAGCCCUCAAAGAAUGGACUAUGCCCCUGCCUCCUCCCACUUGCCCCUACCGUCAGCACGAGCUGAGCAGCAAUAUCAGCAGCAGCAGCACUUGAAGCCACCCGAAGCAACGAGCGCCCGCCGCUUGCAACACCAGAAGUCUUUGGACUUCAUCAAUCAUGCCAUCAGAAGCGCCACUGCUCGACGCGGUGGCGCUGGAGGCAUUUCCCAGAGCAAUCUGCCGAUGGGCUUGGGCAUCGAUGUUCCAGAAGGCGCAAACUCCGAAGGAGAGGCGGACAACUCUAGCCCUCAAGACCGAUCGGGCGGCAGAGCCAGCUCUGGCUCAUCCGAGGAUGCCACCGAUCCAAGCUGUCUUCCAUUCGACGCUCAGCAGCAUCAACAGAUGCAGCAGAUGCAGCACAUGAUCAUGCAGCAGCAGAUACAAGCCAUGGGAUACGGCGUGCCGGUCCCAUUGCUGCAAGUCGCAUCUGUGCCGCUCGACGAUGUCGAUGAUGACUCGGAUGACGGACAAGGCUACGAAGAUGAGAGAGACCGUACGCUCAACCUCAAUGACGAAAGCGUCGAUGAAGUCCAGGAAGUGAUUGGCUCAGCUCAACUGAGCACUCACUCACCAGACUUUGUCUCUUCUUCGAACUACUAUGCUUCUUCACUCGCUGCUACGAGCGUCGACGAGGCGGAUCUGUCGGAUGAGUCUAUAGAUGCCGAGGCUGCCUCUACCGAGACCCCAAGAGAGGAUGACGAGUAUGACGAGGAAGAGGAACGGUUGCAAGCUCGCCUGACAAUCAUGCAGCAGCGCGAGGCAACGCGACUUCAGCAGGCCCAGCACGGCCAAGUGGCUAACGCAGCUGUCAUCUCUGAGUCGCAACAGCCCACCGACUCUCGCUGUGAAGAGGACGACGAUGCCCGUACGCCCGUCGCCCGAUCGCCCUCCAAGAUGGCACCUCUCAGGCACGAGGCUGCUCCAAGCUCACAGGUCCCUGCGGCUGAACUUCAACAGGAGCGCUCUCUUCCUCGCAAAGGCUCGAAUUUGACGCGUACUUCCAACGUGAAGACAGCCUCUCGACCUCCUUCGCCUAGCAAGUCAGCUCCAGCACCAACCAAGUCGGCUUUAAAAGGCAAGUCGAGUUUCACAUUCGCGACUGCGGACGCCCCACUCAAGUCAAAGCCCGCUACAGCCGGAUCCUCGUCUCUCACUGCUGGACCUGCGGCGCCUUUCAAGCUGCGUGCCAAAGUCGCGCCCUCGCAGAUGGCCGAGGCGAUCCAAGCUUCGCCUUCAAAUUCAAGUCUCGCCUCGCCAAGAAAGACCACUGAGUCUCGCCGCCAGGCUGUGCCAGCCUCGCCCACCAAGGCCAACCUUGCCAAGACCCUCAACAAGAACGAGCCCAACCAAGGCAAACGCCAGGUGUCGAAAGCUCGGAGAGAUUCUUGUGCAAGUAGCACUACCAGCUUCGACACGAGGUCUUCAUCACCGGCAUCGAGUGCAUCCGAAGCGCGAACGCCCGAAAGCGCUUGCGAAGAAUUGCCAUCAAGGAUCAUCGACGACGCCGGAACGGCAGCAGUUGGUGAUGAGACUUUGACAGCUCUGCGCACUCAUGUACCUCAAGCGAAGCAAGCCAUUACUACCCCGACGCGCACAAGCAGCGCCAUCCCCGAACACAGUCCUGCGAGGAGUGACCUGACGCCAUCACAAAGCGCCGACCGACUACACCGGUCAGAGAGCACAAUGAAGCUGAGAGGCAGCUCGAUCGUCGUACCGUCCGUUCGUGACAAGAUUGCCAUGCUCGAGCAACGCAAGACUGCUCUCCGCGAUUUCCGCGGCGAAAGCUGCUCUCCCAAUACGACUCCUACCAGAAACGCAGCAAAUUUGACGCCUGGAGGGACACCUGGCAGCGAAGGAAGAGUUGCGAGUGCGUCAGCAGCUCUAGCUGCUCGUACAGGUGGCUCUAGAGAGGGUGAAAUGGCAUCGUCGCCCAACAGCCACCGCAUACAACGCAAGGGCAGCAUGCUCAGUGUAGCAAGCAACGCCACUGAGGCAUCUUCUGCGUCCAAUGGCCUCCGACGCGCCCCUAGCGUCAUGUCAUUCCGUGCUCCUCUCUUCAAAACCGAAACUGCACCUCCCCUGCCUGGCAAUUAGCCAGAGCACUUAGAAUCACAAUUUCUCGUGCUCAUUUUGACUCUCACAGCGCCCAGCCGCAUAGGGCUGUAUACCCCUCUCGAUCACACCUUUCAGAUCAAAGUACAUCUUCUGGACAUUUGACUCCAUGAACAGCAUUGAAUUUCGAUGAAUUUACGCU